AAAAAAAAUGGCAAAGAAGAGUUGUGAAUCAGUCCACUUUUUCCUCUUCUUUUUCGUCAUAAGCUUCAAUGCCAUUUCUGUUUCUGCACAAACUUGUGACAAUACUACUGGAACUUUCGAACCCGAUAACCCUUAUGACAAGAACCGCCGACUCAUCCUCUCUACACUCGCUACUAACGUCACGGCUCUGACAGGCUACUAUUUCAACGGUUCAAUUGGGAUUGCUCCUGACGAAGUCUACACCAUAGGGAUGUGCGCUCCAGCUUCAGAAGAUCAUGUUUGCUCUCUCUGUAUCAAGACCACAUCAGAGAGUUUACUACAAAACUGUCCUAACCAGGCAGAUGCUUUCUCCUGGUCAGGUGAAGAAACCCUUUGCCUUGUUCGCUACUCUAACCGCCCCAUCUCUGGUUUGCUCAAUAUGACUCCACGUGGAGCGAUUUACAAUACAGGAGAGCUCAAUACGAAUCAGACUGAGUUUGAUAUCGUGUGGACAAAUUUAACGUCUAGUAUGAUCACCGGAAUAACUUCUUCUUCUUCUUCAUCAGGCGCUAACAAUUCGUCUAAGUACUACUCAGACGGCUUAGCUCCAGUGCCGGAUUUUAAGAAUAUAUCAGCAAUGAUGCAAUGCACACCGGACGUUUCUACAGAGGAUUGUAGAACUUGCUUACGAACAAACGUUGACGACUAUGGACAUUGUUGCCGUAAAUAUCAAGGCGGCGUUAUAUCACGACCAAACUGCUUUUUCCGAUGGGAAACGUAUUCCUUCGACGGUGCUACUGAUCAGAUUAAUUUACCAAAAUCACCGCCGCCUUCUAUCACAACCUCUCCUGUAGCCAACAUAACCAAGAAUGAUAGAGGAAUCUCAGGAGGAACUAUUACGGCGAUAGUUGUGGUUACUGUUGUUACAAUAAUAUUGAUUGUUGUAGGAUUGGUUAUUUUUAAGAGAAGAAAGCAAAAGCAAGAAAUUGACCUACCAACGGAGUCUGUUCAAUUUGAUUUAAAAACAAUUGAAUCCGCGACGAGCAACUUUUCCGAACAUAACAAGCUUGGUAAAGGUGGUUUUGGUGAGGUUUACAAGGGUAUGCUCAUGAAUGGCACUGAAAUUGCGGUAAAGAGAUUGUCGAAAACAUCAGGACAAGGUGAAGUAGAGUUCAAGAACGAGGUUGUUGUUGUUGCAAAGCUUCAACACAUAAAUCUUGUUAGACUUCUUGGGUUUUCACUACAAGGAGAAGAGAAGUUACUCGUCUAUGAGUUUGUUCCAAACAAAAGCCUUGAUUAUUUCCUCUUCGACCCUAUGAUGCGAACUCAGUUGGACUGGACAAUGCGGCGCAACAUCAUCGGUGGGAUUACUCGAGGGAUUUUAUAUCUUCAUCAAGAUUCACGGCUCAAGAUUAUACAUCGUGACCUCAAAGCGAGUAACAUCCUCUUAGAUGCGGAUAUGAACCCGAAAAUUUCUGAUUUCGGAAUGGCAAGGAUCUUUGGAAUGGACCAAACUGUAGCCAAUACAGCAAGAGUAGUUGGAACCUUCGGUUACAUGUCUCCCGAGUAUGUGACACAUGGACAAUUCUCGAUGAAAUCCGAUGUCUAUAGCUUUGGAGUAUUGAUUCUUGAGAUCAUUAGUGGCAAAAAGAACAGCAGCUUCUACCAGAUGGAUGGUUUAGUUAACAAUUUAGUCACAUAUGUCUGGAGGCUAUGGGAGAACAAAUCAUUGCAUGAUCUCAUAGAUCCUAGUAUCAUAGAAGAUUGUAAACACGAUGAAGUCGUUAGAUACAUUCAUAUUGGGUUGUUAUGUGUUCAAGAAAAUCCUACAGAACGUCCAACAAUGUCUACGAUUCACCAAAUGCUCACAACCAGUUCAAUUGCUCUGCCUGUGCCUCUGCCACCUGGUUUUUUCUUUAGGAACGAACAAGGAUUGAACCCAUUAGGCCAGAGAUUGGAGCCUGGUCAAUCGACCAGCAAGUCUUUUGCUUGUUCCGUAGACGAAGCAACAAUCACUGAAGUUAAUCCUCGUUGAAAAUUCAACAUGCUCUGUUUUUUUUUUUCUUUCUUUUCUUGAUAUACAUUAUCCACAAAGUCUUGUCACUUAUUUAUGUCUGUAUAUGGAAAAGUUUUCUUUAAGGAGCACUUUCAGGUUCA